AUGCUCCACCCGCCCCCUACCGCCCCCUCUUCAUCUUCGGCCUACAAUUUCUCAUCGUCUUCGACUUCUCUCUACGCCAUCGAUGGCAUCGGCGGCACCCCGCAGCAGCAACAGCCGCCAUCUCAGCAGCAUUCCCACAAUCACAUCCCUGGGGGCGUACAACACAAUCACGCGCCGUAUCAACACAACAUUGGCGGAGGCCUGCUGGCGCCGCACGACGGCGGUGGCGGCGGCGUAGGCAACAAGCGGCUACGUUCGGGCGGCGCGGCGGGCGCGUCGCCCUACGGGUCGCCGCCCUCUUCGCCAGCGGGAGGCGGCCUGGGCGGCGUCGGUGGUGGCGGCCACAUGGGCGGCCUCCACUCGCACCAGCACCACGCCGAGACCACGCGGGAGAGCAUGGCCAAGCUCACCAAGCAGACCGCCGACCACCUCACCUCCCUUGUCGCCUUGAUGGAGUCGACCGACCCUGAGGGCCUGGCGGCGAGCCAGCUGGUGUUGGCGCUCGACAUCGUGCUGCGCUUCAACAACAAGAUCGGUGGCGCGCACGGGGUGAAGACCGGUGGCGGUAUGGUGGGCGCCACGCACUCGGCGCAUGGCCUGAUGCCCCACUCGGGCGCGUCGCGUCCCCUCACCGGGCUGGCCUCCAGCGCCCCGCAGUCCUACGGCAUGCCGCAGCCCCAGGCCUUGUCUCAACAGAUGUAUGGGCUGCCGGCGUCGCAGACGGCACCCGCGCAGAUGUACGGGUCGCCACAGCCGCUCUACUCGUCGGCGCCCGCGGGCAUGGGACAGCACCAGCCCCACCAGCAGACACGGCCCUCUCCCAACUACCCUCAGUUCCGUGCACCCACCGGCGCUGCGACGAUGAUGAAUGGCGCCAUGACCAGCACAUCGACGGUGGCGCAGACCAAUCAGAUGCCGCCUUCGACGCUCUCGCUGGACUACUUCAUGCUGCUCCAAACCCUGGGCACGGGCACGUUCGGCCAGGUGCGUCUGUGCCAGCAGAAGGCGACGGGCAAGUACUUCUGCCUCAAGAUCCUCAGCAAGGAGAAGAUCGUGCGCCUCAAGCAGACCGAGCACGUCAAGAGCGAGAAGUCGGUCCUCGCCCAGAUCUCGCACCCGUUCAUCGUCAAGCUCUACGCCACGUUCCAGGACCAGGCCAACCUGUACUUCCUGCUGGAGUACAUCUCCGGCGGCGAGCUGUUCUCGUGCAUCCGCCGGAACGGGCGACUGUCGAACAGCACCGCCCGGUUCUACGCCGCGGAGAUCGUGCUCGCCAUCCGCUACCUCCACAGCCUGCACAUCGCCCAUCGCGACCUCAAACCCGAGAACCUGCUCCUCGACAGCGACGGACACAUCAAGCUCUCCGAUUUUGGCUUCGCCAAAGUCAUCACCGACAAGACAUGGACGAUGUGCGGUACGCCCGAGUACAUCGCACCGGAGGUGAUCCUCAGCAAAGGUCACGACAAGGCCGUGGACUGGUGGUCCCUCGGUGUCCUCAUCUACGAAAUGCUGUCUGGCAAGCCGCCAUUCCACGGAGAGCACACGUUCGAGAUUUUCGAGAAGAUUUUGUCGGCCAAGGUGGACAUGCCGGCCUACUUCCACCCGGAGGCGAAGGACCUCAUCGAGAAGCUGCUCGUGGUCGACGUGGCCAAGCGGCUCGGCGGCACGCGCGGCGGCGGCGCCGAGGAGGUGAUGUCGCACCCGUGGUUUGCCGGCAUCGACUGGGACGCCCUCCACAAGAGGCAGCUCCGUGCGCCCAUCAACCCAGGCAUCACUGGCGAAGGUGAUUCGCAUAACUUCCCGCGUUAUUCGGACCAGACCGUGGAGCACAAGGAGUUCAAGGAGAACGAGCUCUUCAAGGACUUCUGA